CCUGGCGUACCCUAACCUCAAAGGUUGACGCAAACGCUUCGUGGGCGUCCGCCUCUACCGAAUAAUGAAGCUUUAUUUGCGUGUUUGUUAACUUCGUAAUGACGCGAGAGCUCAUCGAGCCGUGAUGACCCGCAUGUAAGUCCGUCAUCGGGAAUCGCCGUUCCAGCAUGAUCAGAAUAUCCCGAGCUGUCAAACGCUCGACGCAGGAGCUCGACGCCGGGACGUUGUGAGAACACACAGAAUAAAUAAGAUGAGACCGCGUCGCGUGCCAUAAUAAUGCGCCUCCGAUUCGUCAGGGCGGUCCUGGUUCUCGCGCUGCUAGGCAACAUCAUCGUCUGGCACAGGAUAUGGCGGCUGUUCGCGGCGCAAAACACCCUGGGCCUGCUGACGCCGAGCGUCGCGACGAACGAGCCCCCGCAGAAGUUCCACCGGCGUCUGGCCCGCCUGGUCACCAUCGUCAUCAGGCAGUUCGAAAAUUUCGAAAACGAUGUGGCGUCCAUGGUGGAGUCAGUUUUGAAUUCCUUCCCAGAGAUACCCGUCUUGAUAAUCUGCGAUGAACUGCCGUACCCGCCGCUGGAGCUGGACUUUACAAACGAGAGUAUGAGGAACGUCAAGCUGAUCAGCUUACAGCCCGAAUUCAAUAAGUCUUUCGAGGAGAGAAAUCCGCUCUUCUACAUACGUACCAAAUUUGUUCUGUUCUUACCGGACGCAACAAGAUUGUCCACUAAGCAAGUUAUACAGGAGACUGUCUCGCAAGUGUCAAAUUUAGGGAUAGUUAUUGUACCAGUGGGAAAGAUGGUUCUACAUUGUCUUGAAUUAGAUUUAAAAGUGAGAGAAUGGAGCUUGAGGAUAGCGCGAAUUACGGGAACAGUAUGUGAUAGUGUAACGGGCAAACACGUAACUAUGCUUGAGGCAAAAAUUUUGAGAAGGCUGUCAGAUCCAUUCCUGCUGCCCUUUACGGAUGCAUUGUACAUUCAGACCACAGCUAUCGGUGCAAAGAUACAUAUACUGAAAAGCUACCAGUUCAACGAGGGAAAACCAUUGUACAGAAACCAACAAGCACAAGCCAAGAUGCAGCAAUUUUAUCGCACGCGAGAGCGAUUGAUGUUCGAGAAAUUGGGGAUAAAGAAAGUUACAAGGGCUUCUGGUUCUGUGGAGUGGUACGGUUGUUCGCGGGAAACCGCGAGAUGUUUCGGCUCAGUAAUAAACGGUAUACCGUCAUAUCUCUAUCAGCAUCGAUAUACGCCGCCUUGUUGUUUGGCCGGAUUGAGAAAAGUCGCUCACCACGUUAUUGACAAACUGGAGGAGGUCGGCAUACGGUUCUGGUUAGAGGGUCAGUCGCUGUUGGGAGCGAUGAGACACAGCGAUAUUCUACCGUGGGAUCACGAGGUACAAAUCGGAUUGAACAGAGACGAUCUGGCGAGAUCGCCGUGGCUGGUCAGGGCCAGAAGCAAGCCGGUCGUCGACGAUGACGGUUUCAUUUGGGAGAAGGCGACGGAGGGCGAGUUCUUCAAGGUACAGUACUCCCGGGUCAACCGUUUGUAUGUGAAUCUACUACCAUUCUACACGCGCAAUGGAUCCAUGACAAAGGACGCGUGGUUCCUGAAAAACCGGGACUUCCCAGAGCACUUUCUUCAUCCGAUGUCGAGCAUCGAGUUCGCUGGUAGACAAGUGCCAUGUCCAAAUAAUAUUAGAGACUUCCUAGAGCUUAAAUAUUUUAAGGGGGUGAUAGAGAAUCCAGAGUUACCUGGUAGAUUUGUCUUUGAUUAGUCCGUUUCCAAUUAAUUGAGAUUAUUCACGGUAGCGUAUUGUUGCUUGAUUUUACGCAGAAAUCGGUGCUUCAAGAGUUAAGCCGCGUUUAUCGCUAUCAGAUUAAUAUAUAUACCGAAACAUUACGCAUGUAUCUAACGAUACUAGGAAUUAUCUAUGCAUGACGACAUUAAUAUUUAAAUAAAAAUUACAAUUUGUCUUUGAUCUGAGGAGAAGAUUUGCAAACAUUUAUAUUUGCCUUAUUCAGACCCUGCUUCAAUAAGAAAUAAUGACAAAUAAUUGUUAUUAAAUGUUAUCUUUAUAUUUUUCAACAAUUCGGCUUGGAAUAGUAAAAGUCACAAACUUCCUUCUUGCAUGAAUUGACCUGUUAAUACAUUGUGCCAAAUAAACUUAGUGUUUUUAACUAGAUUUACAGAUUUAGAUGUUAGUACAUCUUUCAAUAAAUUUUCAUUAUAGUACUAGGGUAUAUUGUAUUAGAGAUUUAAAUAUUUAAGAUUAAGAAUCCUAUAUAUAAAAAAAAAGACAGAUUUGAUCUCAUAAUAUUUUAAAAAUAUUUUAUUUGAGAUAGAGGCAUUCAAUGAUAUAUCUUGGAUUAUAAAAUGUGAAAAAUAUUUCAUAAAUAUUUAUAUAGUAGGAAUUUGAUUGUUCAAGUUUUGCAAUCAAAAAUCGCAAUUUUAAAGAGAGCGGGAGAAAGCACUCAAAAUAAAAGUUAUGUCUGUCGUAUUACGUUUAAAAAGUUGUGUAAAUAAUAUAAUAUUUUAUCUAAAUUAUUUUUUAAUUUAAAUCAAUUUAUUUAGUUUUGCUGUAUUAAGCAGUGAGUGCUGAAUUAUUUUAUUUGUUACAACAAUGUUUUUCGGCAAUAAAAGUUCAGGUACAUAAACUACUUCGUAGAACUGUUUGAUCUCUCUAUUGCAUAAUAAUAGUGCCAAUUUAUUUGUAAAAAUAUAGAUAUGUAUAUGUAUCCGUCUGUUAUAGCAAAUAUUAAUAAAGCACUGUUGUUUACAAAAAGUU